UCAGCACCUCCUCCUCGAUAGGUUUCUUGUUAUAACUUUCAUUUUGUCUGUUCUUGAAAUUAUUUUGUCGUGUCGAAAAGAAAUCAUGAAGUACGAUCAAGGAAAUAACCAAAUGUUGAACAAAAACCAAAUGCUAAACAAGAAAAAGGAGCGGAGGAAGAGAUCGUCGUCGACGUUUAAAUCGAUGGUGGAGAAUCAAGAUCAAGAUCAGAGUAAUAAGUUGGAGGAGGUGAAUCUUAGUGGGUUGUGUUUGGAGAGUUUUCCAGCAACUCAUGAGCUCAAUCUAGCUCUGAUUUGUACACUAGAUCUAUCCAAUAACAACAUUCAGAUAAUUCCAGAGUCUCUAACGGCUAGAUUGCUGAACUUGGUGAAUUUGGAUGUUCAUUCAAAUCAGCUAAAAACACUACCGAACUCCAUUGGAUGUUUAUCAAAACUCAAAGUUUUGAAUAUCUCUGGUAACUCCAUUGAAUACCUCCCUGGAACUAUUGAAAAUUGCAGAUCACUUGAAGAACUAAAUGCCAACUUCAACAGAUUGGCCAAGUUGCCAGACACCAUUGGAUUCGAAUUGGUCAACCUUAAAAAACUCUCAGUCAACUCAAACAAACUUCGUUAUCUCCCAUAUUCAACCUCUCAUCUGACAAAUCUGAAAGUUCUGGACGCACGUCUGAACUGUCUAGUCGCAUUUCCAGAAGAUUUAGAAAACUUAAUCAACCUUGAGAUACUCAAUGUCAGUCAGAACUUCCAGUACCUUGAAGUAAUACCGUAUUCAGUUGGCCUUCUGCUUUCACUAAAAGAGUUGGAUGUGAGUUAUAACAGAAUCACCAAGUUGCCCAACUCCCUUGGAUGCUUAAAACACCUGAAAAAACUAAGUGUUGAAGGAAAUCCUCUUGUUUGUCCUCCCAGGGACGUUGUAGAGAAAGGAUUGACUAGCGUUAAGGUAUAUUUAAGCGAGAGAAUGACUGGGUCUUUCAAGAAUCAAUCAAAGAAGAAUUCGUGGUUAGGCAAAGUUGUGAAAUGUGGUACAUUCAACGGUCAUACUAUUUCUAUGAAUGAUCCUGAUGAUGAUUCAUAUAGCAUGCCUGAAUAUCGCAGAAGUCUCGAUUCCCCGAGUUACCUUUCCAUGCUUUCACCCCGCCGCCUUUUCUCGCCUUCGGGCACUAAUGGUCACGAUUCAUCUAGUUACCUCUCAAUGCUUUCGCCUCGGAGGCUUUUUUCACCGAAGAAAGAUUCCCCGAAGUCUACAUCUUGAUCAAGCAUUAUCCGAUACACUGUUCUAUAUGAAAAGAAAAGAGCAACAAAAAGUGUUGUCAUCUGUUGAGUCCACCGGAAUGUAUAGAUUUAUUUUGUCAAGUAAGUUUGUAAGAUGUUCAGUUGAAUAUGCAAAAGUGAUGUUUGCACGGUUGAUGUACAUAUCAAAUUUUCUCAAACUUUUUGUGUGUAAAGCCAAUUUUGUAUCCCGUAAAUUUCAUAAAGAUUGUGCAAUGUU